AUGACGGGCCAAACGCGGUUUGGAGUGAAAGACAAGUUAGCACAGAGAUAUGUUGGACCGUAUGAGAUCCUUGAGAAAAUUAACCCUGUGACGUAUCGGGUAGCCUUACCACCAAUUAUGGAACAUAUGCAUGGCGUCUUUCAUGUCUCAAUGUUACGGGAUUACUUACGAGAUCCAUUACACGUUAUUGAGCCAACACAUGUGCUUUUAAAAGACGACUAUACCUAUGAGGAUAGGCCAAUUCAGAUCUUUAAAGCUACAAUGGAUAUUGAUUCAAACAAUAAUUCAUUCAAUGAGAGUAAGGAAGUUGAAGAACAAGAGAACAAUCCUUCAUUAAAUGAGAAUGAUGAAGUUGAAGAACCUAAUAAGGAGAUGUAUUUUACGUCAAAGUAA